UUGCAAGUCUGCCUCUUCAUCGUCGACGCAGACCAGGUCACGGAUACUACGACACAAAAUUACCGACAUGGCUUCAGAAGCGACACGACCUGUUGUCUUUACGACGUCUACGCCCUACCCGUUGCCGACGCAAAAGUUUAUGAUCCCGGUUUCAUGGCGGCGGUAUCAGCUUUCGCAGCUCAUAAACAAGGCACUGUCCUUGGAGAAACCCGUUCCAUUCGACUUUCUCGUGAGGGGGGAGAUAUUGCGAGGGAGCUUGGCGGAAUGGUGUGCAGAGAAGGGUGUAGGCGAGGAGGAAACGCUGGAGAUAGAAUACAUCGAGUCGGUUUUACCUCCGCAAAAGUUUAGCUCGAUGCCGCACGAGGACUGGGUGUCUGCUGUUUCUUGCCGGGUCCCCAGAACGUUCGUGACUGGAUCGUACGACGGGAGCAUACGCACUUUCUCCUACUCGCGACAACUGCUGCAGACCGUCCAUAUACACGAGGCUCCCAUAACGUCCCUCUGCGUCCUCCCAUCGUCUGAAUCCAACGACGCGCACACUGUCGCCACUGCGUCGCAGGACAUGACAGCUCGCUUGACAACAGUACAAUCUACCCCCGACACUCGUGACCCGCCGUCGAGCAAGAUACUGGCGUCCCUUCACCUCCACACCGCCCCUGUCUCCUCCGUCUCUGUCAAUUCCUCCGGGUCACAUUUGCUCACGGCCAGCUGGGACACGCUCAUCGGCGUGUGGAGCACGUCUGUACCCGCCGACGACGAGAUCUCGCCGGACGACCUGGCGCCAGGCAGGGUGUCGAAGCGGAGGAGGCUGACGACGAAGGAAAAGGGGAGCGCGGAGGAGGGCCAGGUGAGACGCAAGGCGCCGGUGCAGGUGAUGAAGAGCCAUACGGCGCGAGUGACGAAAGCCGUGUUCGGCGGCGAAGGUACGGCGGCGAGCCGGAGCGCUGCGUACAGCUGCGGGCUCGACUCGACGGUGCGGACGUGGGACGUGGAGAGCGGAGUGUGCCUGCAGACGAUUAACGCGUCGGAAAAGCCGAUGACGGACCUGGCGCUCAUGCCCGGCGGCCAGACGGCGCUCGCGGCUGCGACGGACCGCACGGUGACCGCGUACGACCUCCGGCUCUCCCCGACGUCGUCUGCCCCCGCGGUGGCCAGCAUGCUCCACCCCUCCCUGCCCUCCUGCCUGACUGUUCCGCUCUCGCCGCUGAACACCGGCGCUGCAAACGCCAGCGCCCACCAGUUCCUCAGCGGUGCGUACGACGGCGCUGUGCGGUUAUGGGAUCUCAGGAGCGUGAAGGCGCCUAUUGCCAGCUUCAAGAUCGCGGAGGGGAAGGUGCUUAGCGUGGACUGGGCCGUGCUCGAGCAGAGCGGGUCGGGCAUCGCAGGUGUAGGUGGAGAAGGAGGGCUGGAGGUCUGGAAAAUCGGAGCAGAUAGUACGCCGACACCUUUAGAGAAGUAAGGCUCUGGACGCGCGUUUGGAGGUAACUGGAGGAUUAUAAGGUACGCUAGCGGACCGAGCGAUUGGCUAGGAUGUCAAUAUUGUCACGGUUUCUUGGCAAGGACGUACGCCCUUGUAAGAUGUGCCUGUUACUGUAAGCAAGACGCCAG